AAUGGCCUAUUAUGCUUUCAAAACGUUACAGUUCAUGUCUGUUAUUAAAUUCAGUUGCCGGCUGAGUAAUUGAGAGCUGGACAGGUUAGUUGGGACUGAGUUAGAUUUGAGUUAGGACACGCUAGUUAGGAGUGAGUUAGGACAGGUUUAGAAUUGGAAUAAGUUGAGUUUAGUCUUUCUUGAGUUAGUUUACAAGCCUAGUUACUAACAGAAACGUUAGUAGAUACUAACUACUAUAGUAACUAGUUACUAACAGAAGCAUAGUCACCAACAAGAUGCAGCUUUUUGCAAGUUUUGUUCUGUUACUUUCACUGUGUUUCGUCACUAUCUACGCAGCAGAUGAGACUAAAAACUCAGAUGUAGAAUUGUACUACACACGUUUGAAGCACAUAGGAAAGAAACACAAUGUAGUUCAGGUCAUAAAGGGUGAGGUACCCAAAGGUGUCAAGUGGAUAUCGAGAGGUUAUUUCACCAAUCAGGUUAACCAAACCGGUUUCGGCUAUCUGGAGGUUGAGACAAACGUAGAGUCCGACAGUGAGGUUCAGGCCUAUCAUGCGGGACACCUCGAAGGUUUCCUAACCUCGGAUUUAAUCGCUGGUCGUUUGUUGAACAUGGUUUAUCCGUUAGAAACUGAAGAUAAGAGUGCGUACAAGUUGGCUAUCGAUUUUGUGAAAGCAAACUCCAAGUGGAUCUCGAAAAUAGUUUAAAAUAGG